AGUGUUGUAAAGGAGCAUGCUUGUUCUGAUCAACAUGUUGAUGCAUUAAAGAUUGAUACUGUUAAAGAAACAGUGAAUGAAAUAUCAAUUAAAAUUAUGCAAAGAAGUGAAAUACAUAUACUUAGAAUUUUAAAAAUUAAUCUUCAUUUAUUACUAAUAGUUCUAACUUAUGAAAAUGAAAUAUCUGGACAUGAGUUUGCAUUUGCAAUUUCUAAUACAAUUAAAUUGCUUGCACUUGAAAAAUAUAAUGCAGCAACAAUAACUACUAAAUUAGUCUAUUUAUUUCAAAAUAAUAAUGUUAUUGACAAACUUGUAGCAUUUGCAUCAGAUGCAUUAGUAUGUAAAGAUACACAAAAACAACUUAAAUGCUUUAUUGAUGCUGAAGCUAUUAUGAAAGAUAUAUAUAAAUUUUACAAGAAUUCUGCUCAACAAAUACAUGUUUUUCAAGAAUAUCAAAAAAUUCUUGAUUGUCCAGAAUUACAUUUAAAAAAAUUGAAAUAUAUUCAAUAG